GAGCAACUGAAAGUUGGAGAAACUUGAAGCAAAAUUCAAACUAAGUUGUUGUCAAUAUAAAACCGGGAUUUGCUCAACAUGACAACUCCACAAAGAAAUGCAGACAACUUCAUGAAGUUGGAGGGCAACACGACGGAGCAUAUGGACGGUAUUCAGAAGUCACUGGAGAGACUUCGAAGCUUUUCUGUGGAGGAUGCCACAGAGACAGGGCUGCUGCGGUCCCGGAUAGACGAACAGUCAGGUCUGAUCUGCAUGCUGAAACAGAGAGCAGAUGAAGUGCUUCUUCGAUGUAUAGCCCUGCAAAAAAUCAAUACGGAGUCAGAGGAACAAGUAGCACAAUACCAGAAAGAACUUGACAGUGAAAGAAAGAAAGCUGAGCUCAUAGAGAAAAGAUUUAUGGAUUUAGCCUCAAACAAUCAAGCAAUAAUUGCUUUCAUGGACGAGCACAAACAUCAAAAUGUUCAGUUAAAGCUGGUAAACCAACAAAUGCAGUCGGAAAACAAAACACUUUUCUCCAAAAAACUACAAGAUAAAGAAGUGUUUGUUCAAAAACUGAUGCAAGAAAUCAAACAGCUGACAGAAAAAUAUGAAAAAAGGGAAAAUGAAUAUAGUGUGGAAUUAGCUGGAUGCAAGUCUAAUAUCCUGGAACAAACAAUGCAGCAUGAAAACAAGGAGGCAUCCCUACUUAAUCAAUUACAUGAUUCUCAGCAACAACAAAGAGAUGCUGUAGAAAUGUGCAACGACCUUCAGCAGAAGCUACAAAAAGCAGAAGAAGAGUAUGCUUUGAAGGAAAGCAACAUGAGAGAAAGCAUAACAAGCCUCACCAAAGAGAAAGACAAACUACUCUACUUGUCUAUGGAAAGGGGGAAAGUAAUUCAGGAGAAACAAGAGGAAAUCAAGCAGCUGGAGACUAAAUGGAAAGAGGAGAAAAAAGCCUGGGUCAAAGCAGAGCACAGAUUUGAAAAGGAAGCCGAAGCUGUUAAUGCAGAUGUUAAAGUGAAGUCUCUCCAGUGUGCACUUGAUGAAUCCAUAAAAUCAAAUUGGAAGCAGAGAAAGGAUUUUGAAGCCUUCAAAGAACACAGCACCAACCUCCUUAUGCAAGAAAGGGAGUUAAAUAAGAAGCUUCGCCACAUGAUGGGAUAACAUUUAGCCUUACACAAGUGUUCUUACCAAUGUUUGCAUUCAAACAAAUAAUUUAACAAAAAUAGUUUGCUGCUUCAUAGUUCCAACAACAAAAAAGGACAACAUGUUGAAUCAGUUCUUAACAUGAGAAUACUCCUCUGCCAGUUUUUCAGCCUUUUCAAUUACUUUUCCAAAACAAUUAACAUUAAAUGAAUUUGAAAUCUCUAAAUCUUGGUGCAGCAAGCAGCAUUGUACUUGAAUGCUUUGGAAGCCUUUGAUUGUAUUAUGGAGAGGCACCAGGUUCGCCAUUUGGCCUUCUGCUACGUAGUGGGGCUGCAACAAAAAAAAGCUAGAUCUUACGAACGUGAACUACUGUACGGUCAGCUUAUCUUCCUCUGAUAAUUCAUCCACACCAAGAAAAACACUGAUGUCCUGCAUGACUUGUAGUCCUAAAAAAAAGAACAAUUCAGUAAGAUAAUGCUUUAGUUAGGUUCUAGCAUUGAAGUUAUUGUUGACAUCCAUUCAACAUGUCUUAGCAUCCACGUCAAGGCUUGCCUGAAGAAUCUUAUAUAUGCCACGGGCAGCAUUGUAGUGUUCAUCCAAAACAAUAUUGGGGUCCAUGAUUAGGGAGGUGGAAUCCAAAGGGUCCACAGCAGUUGUUGGCGUUUGAGGGCCCAUAGGGGUCCUGAAGGCGGAGGUCCAGAACCUUAUGAACGCAAAUCAGACCCUCCGUUCCAUCUAUGGCGGUCAUUCUGAAUGUGUUUUCACCUUGAACGAAAACAUGAUGAGAAGCAGUAAAGACUCUGUAGACAUUUAAGCCCUAAGUGACAAGUGAUAAGAAAAAAACAGUG